ACAAAUGUACUUGGAAACAAAUAUCUAAAUCACCAGGGAUUGUAGUAAAACCCUUCACAGUGACUCAGAGCGUAGCUUCCUAGAGAAAACAAUGGCGAAUAUGCCAAUGGAUAUCGUCAACGAUGUAUUCCUUCGUCUGCCUGCUACUACACUGGUCCGAUGCCGCCUCCUCUCGAAGCCUUGCUUCUCUCUUAUCGACAGUCCCGACUUCAUCGCCUCGCAUCUCAAACGCGUUCUCGAAACCGAAGAGCACCUCAUGAUCAUACUGCGAUCGCCUCGCCUUCUACGUACGGUGUACCUCGACGCACCGGAUAAAAUCUCAGACGUCGAUCAUCCUCUGCAAGCCGGUGGUUUCACGGAGGUUUUCGGUUCGGUUAACGGCGUGAUCGGUUUAACAAACUCUCCGGUUGAUUUAGCGAUUUUCAAUCCGUCGUCUCGCAAAAUCCACCGCUUACCGAUUGAGCCUAUCGAUUUCCCUGAGCAUUACAUCUCUCGCGAGAAUGUGUUUUACGGAUUAGGCUACGAUUCGGUGAGCGAUGAUUACAAAGUUGUGAGGAUGGUUCAGUCUACGCAUAAAGGCCAUGGAGAAAGCUUUGGUCGCGCUUUUGAAAUCAAAGUUUUCAGCUUGAAAAGUAAUAAAUGGAAGAGAAUCCAUCUUCUAUUUGACGUUCAGAUUCUUUUCACAAAAGUAUAUUACCGUUUGCUUUACCGCCGCGGAAAUGGUGUUCUUGCUAGCAACAGGCUUCACUGGAUUCUACCUCGAAGUCGAGGAUAUAUAGCCUGGAACACCGUGAUCAGAUUUGAUCUCGCCUCUGACGAUCUUGGAAUCCUCAGGUACCCACUGGAGCUUCUCCAUGAAGAUGGUAUGGGCAUAGGUGUGUUAGAUGGCUGCCUUUGCUUGAUGUGUUACAGCGAGUCUAGCCAUGUGGGUGUUUGGAUUUUGAGGGAAUAUCGAGGGAAAUGGUCUAAGUUCAUUUCGGUGCCGAAACCUGAGACUGCGGUUUCGUUUGAGUUUGUGAGGCCUUUGAUCUAUUCUAAGGACAGGAGCAAGAUUUUGCUGGAGAUAAACAAUGGGAAGCUCUUUUGGUUUGAUUUGGCGAGUAAGAGUUUUGAGACGCUUGAAAUAAAGGGCUGUGAGGGUCUUCCAUGUAACAUGGAAAUUGUUGUGAGUAGCCUUGUUUUGGGAUGUAAAGGUGAUCCUCGCAGAGCUCAAGAGAAGAAGAUGGGUAACAAAAGUCUCAGGGGGGAUGGUUUUCUGUCCAAGGGAUUCAAGCUCAAGUUAUGAGCAAAGCAGGGGAACUUCAAAGCCCAAAACUUUAUAAAAGGUGCAUGGCGUAGGUGGAAGAGGAAAUGGCUUGAAGCGGCUUCACCAAAUCCAUAGGUCUUAGUACUAAUUAGCUUUUAACCUCUGUAGAAGGUAUCUAUUCUAUUAAAACAUCAGUAUGACCAGUUGAUAAAGGUUGUGUCCAACUAUUAUUCCUUCUAUUUAAAAGUUUUUUUAUUAUUCUC